CGUCCCACCGCCUUUAUCCGGCUAUGCUUUGGUCGAAUUCGGCCUGUGGGAACCGCGGUUCCUCACAAUGUUCAAAAGAGGAAAACCCUAUUUUGGAACGUUCCGUGGAAAUAUCUUUAGCAACAAACAAGUUGUUCUUACAACUGUGAAGGCAUAAGCCUCCUUUUUACUUAUUAGAACUAAGAGAGAGGUUUUACGCCCACGCAGCCGAGGAAAAGAGCCGACGGCGAAGCAGGCAAUACACACACGCAGCCAUACACCCACGCAGACGAGGCCGGCAGCCGAAAGCGGCGCAGCAGCGAAGCGGCAGAGAAGCUUCGAAAAGGAAAAGCCGAGGCCUGGUACGGUCCAGGGCGAGCCAAGCUCGGGAGUGAUCUCCGAGGGCUGAGCCAGAUUGGUUGUGCGGCGGAAGCCAUAGAUGUGAAAAGUAAGCCGUGACCGCGCCGUGUACACAAUAAGCCGUGUUCGCCCGCACGCGGUGAAUAAAACCAGCUGUGACCGCACCCACGCGGUGUGCAAAGGAAGCCACCGAAGUGACGAGGACCCGCCGUGGGAGAACAGGACCCAAAGAAGGGAAACAAGGAUCCGACAUGGACAACCCAAGGACGAGCGACGCACAGCCUCUAGAGGCAGAGGAUGGCACGGAGGGGCAUCCUAGGGGUGCGUCGCCGCCCAGCUCAAGGCAACCACGGUGCACGACCAGCCAACCACAAGCAAGACACCACUCCCCGACCCCGCAAGCAGAACCGGGCAACACCACGCAGCAUGGACCAUCAACAGGAGAACCCAAACGGCCCGAUCCCGGACACCAUCUGGGACGACGGGUGGCACGCCAGACUGCAGGAGUGGGACGCGCAGGAGGAGGCGGCAGCCCCGGAAAGAGGGGAGAAUCCCGAUUGGCAGCCGCUGGACCACGCACCAAUGAAGUGGCUAUCGCCAGUUCCCACCGACCACAACGCCCCGAACCCGGACCCGACGAGCUGCACGGCCCGAGAGGCCGAACCAGGAAACCCGAGCCAACCAAAGGAGGACAGCGACCUGUCAUUGGGCUUGGAAGAGGCAGAGGCGGGCGGACUGCUCACAGCGUUCGAGGAGAUGUCCGAGCUAAACGCGCUGCAGGAGGAGCAGGAAUGGCCAAUCGCCCCAGUCGCCUGGCGUGUAAGCACGCCUGACCGCCGCAUCCCGCAAAGCCUGCUGGAAGGCGCCAGCGCUCAGGCAAACGCGGCGCGGCGCGGCACGGGCGCAGCCGGACCCGCAGCCUAGAACACCACGACGGCCAACGCUUCCGCGUAUGCAUCAGCGGAAAUUUGGUGCGCAUUUCACCGCGCCCCACCCCGAAGUAGGAAGGGAGUGUGAAGGCAUAAGCCUCCACAACACUGACCACGACACCAUCCCCUGAAGGGACCGCCCCGACGGCUUGUUAUCUAAUUUCAUCAUUAUUCACGAUUAUCCGAUUUUAUUACUUCUAUUAUUAUUAGUAUUACCAAGACAAACAACAAUGAAUCCUUAUUUUCACCCAUUAAAGUAAGAAAUAGGCUAAGAAACCCCAAAACAGUAGGCCUUUUUACUUAUUAGAACUUAGAGAACCAACACGUAAGAGAGACGCACACUACGGCCACGCAGCGAAGAGAGACGCACACCACGGCUAUACGAAGGAAAAGAGAACCAACACGAAAGAGAUACGCUCUUACGCCCACGCAGCCAACGCAAGGAAGAGACCGGCUAUACGCAGACGAAAAGAGACAACAUGAAAGAGAGCGAAGCGGCAGAGAAGCCGCCGAUCGGUUUUACGCCCACGCAGCCGAGGAAAAUAGCCGACGGCGAAGCAGGCAAUACACACACGCAGCCAUACACCCACGCAGCCGAGGCCGGCAGCCGAAGGCGGCGCAGCAGCGAAGCGGCAGAGAAGCUGCGAAAAGGAAAAGCCGAGGCCUGGCACGGUCCAGGGCGAGCCAAGCUCGGGAGUGAUCUCCGAGGGCUGAGCCAGACCGGUUGUGCGGCGGAAGCCAUAGAUGUGAAAAGUAAGCCGGGACCGCGCCGUGUGAAAAACUAGCCGUGACCGCGCCGUGUACACAAUAAGCCGUGUUCGCCCGCACGCGGUGAAUAAAACCAGCCUUGACCGCACCCACGCGGUGUGCAAAGGAAGCCACCGAAGUGACGAGGACCCGCCGUGGGAGAACAGGACCCAAAGAAGGGAAACAAGGGUGAGCCACCUCACGUAUGUGAGCUCUGGGGGGAUAGAUCGGUGCAGUAGGCAGGUAUAAGCAGAACAUUCCCGCAGCUUCUUUACAUAUCUAUGCCCACAUGUUGUUUAUGAUAUUUUUUUGGCGUUUAUUUCCCCGCUGCAAGCGGGAUUUUAAGUAGGGAAAUGAUCCGAAAACAAUAAAGACACCAACCUCAA